CUUCUCCUCUUCCCUUUUUAUUUUCGGAUCGCCACUUCCGAUUCCGAUUCCGAUUCCGAUUCGGCCUCUCACUCCCUCUCUCUCUAGAACGAGCGGCGACGAACUCGAUCGAUCGACCGACCGACCGACCGAUCCGCCGAUCUCCGCCGGGGAACAGGCCUCCAGCGCCGACGACCGCCGCCAUGGCGAGGCCAUCGAAGCAGCCGGCGUCGUCCGACGAGGCCCUGUCUGACGGCUCCGAGGAGGAGGAGCCGCAGCAGCAGCAGCAGCUCAACGAGCCCGUCGACGAGGAGGAAGAGGAGGAGCUCGAGGCCGUCGCCCGCUCCGCCAGCUCCGCCGACGAGGACGACGACGCCGCUCCUGCCGCCGGCGCGGCCGACGAGAAUGGUGAGGCCGAGGAGGAGGAGGAUGAUGACGAGGAAGAUAAUGGUGAAACAGAAGUUAGCAAGCGUGAGAAGGCCAGGCUCCGUGAAAUGCAGAAGUUGAAGAAGCAGAAGAUUCAGGACAUAUUGGAUCAGCAAAAUGCCGCUAUUGACGCUGAUAUGGUGCCUUUACAUUUUAAGAAUGUCUCUUUCUUGCAUUAUUUCGAGCUCACAUGUAGUAUUGAUUAUGACUAAGAUUUUCUUGUUUUUGAAAUUAUUUUUCAGAAACAAGAAAAUGAGAUUUGGAUCUAACAAAAAUAAGGAAAUUCAAUCAAUCGGACAAUAUUCCAGGCGUA